GAGCCCUUGAAAGGAAACAGGGUAUUCAAACAGAUCUGUGAAAGCGAAAGCAGAGUGUGUGCGUAGAAGCAUACAGUCAGUAGCUGGGAGGUGGAGGUGUGUGCUGAGUUCUUCUGCUGAGGAGACAGAGGGGGCCUUUGUGUGGCGCCGGGCACACUGGCCUCCUAUCUCUGGUCGUGCCCCACUGCGCUGGGAACAUGCAGGCGCUCCUCCUCGCGUCUCUUCUCCUCACUGCUCUGUCUCAGUUCUGCCGCAGGGCACAGGGUGCUGGGCCAUUACACACAACACCGGAAGGAAGGCCUGGAGAAGUAUCAGAAGUGCAUCAUCGGAAGCAGUUUUGCCACUGGCCCUGUAAAUGCCCUCAGAAACCCAGGUGCCCUCCUGGAGUGAGCUUGGUGAGGGAUGGCUGUGGAUGCUGCAAAAUCUGUGCCAAGCAACCAGGGGACAUCUGCAAUGAAGCUGACCUCUGCGACCCACACAAAGGACUGUAUUGUGACUACUCAGCAGACAGGCCUAGGUACGAGACUGGAGUGUGUGCAUACCUCGUAGCUGUGGGAUGCGAGUUCAACAGGGUACAUUAUCAUAAUGGUCAAGUGUUUCAGCCCAACCCCCUGUUUAGCUGCCUCUGUGUGAGUGGGGCCAUUGGAUGCACACCUGUGUUCAUACCAAAGCUGACUGACACUCACUGCUCUGGGGCUAAAGGUGGAAAGAAGUCUGAUCAAUCAAACUGUGGCCUGGGACCGUUACAACAGCAGCUCUCAACAACCUACAAAACAAUGCCAGCUUAUAGGAAUCUCCCACUUAUUUGGAAAAGAAAAUGUCUUGUGCAAGCAACAAAGUGGACCCCUUGCUCCAGAACAUGUGGGAUGGGAAUAUCUAAUAGGGUAACCAAUGAAAAUAGCAACUGUCAAAUGAGAAAAGAGAAAAGACUGUGUUAUAUUCAGCCUUGUGACAAUAAUCUGUCAAAGACAGUAAAGAUCCCCAAAGGAAAAACGUGCCAACCUACUUUCCAACUCAUCAAAUCUGAAAAAUUUGUCUUUUCUGGAUGUUCAAGCACUCAUAAUUAUAAACCCACUUUCUGUGGAAUUUGCUUGGAUAAGAGAUGCUGUGUUCCUAAUAAGUCUAAAAUGAUUACCAUUCAAUUCGAUUGCCCAAAUGAAGGGUCAUUUAAAUGGAAGAUGCUGUGGAUCACAUCUUGUGUAUGUCAGAGAGACUGCAGAGAUCCAGGAGAUACAUUUUCUGAGCUCAAGAUCCUAUAAAACCGAGCACCCAGAGGGAAAAGUUAAGAAAAGGGGGAUUUUCUGAAGACAAAUUUUUGAAGUUAAGGUACUAUGAUUUUAUUAAUUUGACACAACAAAUUGUGAUGAAAUGGAACCACUCUUUCAGACAAAAAUACGUCCUAAUAUGAAAAACACAAACUG